AUGGAUGCUGCGGGAAGGGGCUGCCAUUUGCCGCCCCUGCCAGCGGCGCGCGGUCCUGCUCGCUUUUCUGCAGCGGCGGCUGCCGCCAGCGCGGUCAGCGGGCCGGGCCUCUACAGCGGCUACGUCUCGGUUCCCUCCGCGGCCGCCGGAGCGGUCGCCAUGAACCCCAGCUCCUCGGCGGGAGAGGAGAAGGGGGCGACGGGCGGCAGCAGCAGCAGCGGGAGCGGCGCAGGGAGCUGCUGCCUGGGCGCCGAGGGCGGCGCGGACCCGCGGGGCGCGGCGGCGGCGGGGGCCGCUGCCCUGGAGGAGCCCGCGGCCGCCGGCCCGAAGGAGAAGGACGAGGCGCUGGAGGAAAAGCUGAAGAACUUAACUUUCCGGAAGCAGGUUUCUUACAGGAAAGCAAUCUCCCGGACAGGCCUGCAGCACCUGGCUCCAGCACACCCCCUCAGCCUUCCUGUGGCAAAUGGUCCAGCGAAGGAGCCCAGAGCAACUCUGGAUUGGAGUGAGAACGCCGUGAAUGGAGAGCACCUAUGGCUGGAGACUAACGUCUCAGGAGACCUGUGCUACCUGGGAGAGGAGAACUGCCAAGUCCGAUUUGCCAAGUCAGCCCUCAGGAGGAAGUGUGCAGUCUGUAAAAUCGUGGUCCACACCGCCUGCAUUGAACAGCUAGAAAAGAUUAAUUUCAGAUGUAAACCAACAUUUCGAGAAGGGGGCUCACGAUCACCCAGAGAAAAUUUUGUGCGUCAUCACUGGGUGCACAGGCGUCGGCAGGAGGGAAAGUGUAAGCAGUGCGGUAAGGGCUUCCAGCAGAAAUUCUCCUUCCAUAGUAAAGAGAUUGUGGCUAUCAGCUGUUCCUGGUGCAAGCAGGCGUUUCACAAUAAGGUGACCUGCUUCAUGCUACAUCACAUUGAAGAACCGUGCUCCCUGGGGGCUCAUGCUGCUGUUAUUGUCCCGCCCACCUGGAUCAUUAAGGUGAAGAAACCUCAGAACUCGCUGAAGGCUUCCAAUCGGAAGAAGAAGAGAACAAGCUUUAAAAGAAAAGCCAGUAAAAGAGGAACUGAACAGGAAAACAAAGGUCGUCCCUUUGUGAUAAAACCGAUCUCUUCUCCUCUCAUGAAACCCUUGCUUGUGUUUGUGAACCCCAAGAGUGGAGGCAACCAGGGAACCAAAGUCCUGCAGAUGUUCAUGUGGUACCUGAAUCCACGGCAAGUCUUUGAUCUUUCUCAGGAAGGGCCAAAAGAUGCGCUUGAGUUGUAUAGGAAAGUACCAAAUCUGCGAAUUCUGGCCUGUGGUGGGGAUGGAACGGUGGGCUGGAUCCUUUCUAUUCUGGAUGAACUGCAGCUGAGCCCUCAGCCUCCUGUUGGAGUCCUUCCUUUGGGGACUGGGAACGACCUGGCUCGAACUCUCAACUGGGGAGGGGGAUACACUGAUGAACCUGUUUCUAAGAUCCUUUGCCAAGUAGAAGAUGGGACAAUUGUACAGCUAGAUCGCUGGAACCUCCACGUGGAAAGAAAUCCAGACUUGCCUCCAGAAGAGCUUGAAGAUGGUGUAUGUAAGCUUCCUCUGAAUGUUUUCAAUAAUUACUUCAGCCUUGGAUUUGAUGCCCACGUCACACUGGAGUUCCAUGAAUCCAGAGAAGCAAAUCCAGAGAAGUUCAACAGUCGCUUUCGAAAUAAGAUGUUCUAUGCAGGGGCAGCUUUUUCUGAUUUCCUACAGAGAAGCUCCAGAGAUCUAUCCAAACAUGUUAAAGUUGUUUGUGAUGGGACAGAUCUCACCCCAAAGAUUCAGGAACUGAAGUUCCAGUGUAUAGUAUUUUUAAACAUACCCAGAUAUUGUGCGGGCACAAUGCCCUGGGGGAACCCCGGAGAUCACCAUGAUUUUGAACCUCAGCGUCAUGACGACGGUUAUAUUGAAGUCAUUGGAUUCACCAUGGCCUCUUUGGCCGCCCUGCAAGUGGGGGGUCACGGAGAAAGGCUGCACCAGUGCCGGGAGGUCAUGCUGCUGACUUACAAAUCCAUCCCCAUGCAAGUGGAUGGGGAGCCCUGUAGAUUGGCCCCGGCCAUGAUUCGGAUAUCCUUGAGGAAUCAGGCCAACAUGGUACAGAAGAGCAAGAGGAGAACGUCCAUGCCUUUACUCAAUGAUCCCCAGUCUGUUCCAGACCGCCUAAGGAUCCGAGUGAACAAAAUCAGUUUGCAAGACUACGAAGGCUUCCACUACGACAAAGAGAAGCUCCGGGAAGCUUCCAUCCCUCUGGGUAUUCUCGUUGUGCGUGGAGACUGUGAUUUGGAGACUUGCCGUAUGUACAUAGAUCGCCUACAGGAGGACCUGCAGUCAGUUUCUUCUGGCUCCCACAGAGUUCAUUACCAGGACCAAGAAACCUCCUUCCCCAGGGCACUCUCAGCUCAGAGACUCUCUCCACGGUGGUGCUUUCUAGAUGCAACUUCUGCUGAUCGCUUUUAUCGAAUAGACAGAUCUCAGGAACAUUUGCACUUUGUGAUGGAGAUUUCUCAAGAUGAGGUUUUUAUUCUGGACCCAGAUAUGGUGUUGUCACAGCAGGCGGGGACACCUCCAGGAAUGCCUGAUCUGGUGGUGGAACAAGCCUCAGGAAUGUCAGACUGGUGGAACCCUGGCGUACGGAAACGCAUGCUGAGUGGUAGUAGGCUGGGCUUCAUAACUCCGCAUUAUGAGGACUCAUAUAUGAAAGAUCUCAGCCACUCCCGUGUGCUACAGUCACCAGUCUCUUCAGAAGAUCACGCAAUUUUGCAGGCAGUAAUAGCUGGUGAUCUUAUGAAGCUAAUAGAAAGCUAUAAAAAUGGAGGCAGUCUGCUAAUUCAGGGACCAGACCACUGUUCACUCCUUCACCACGCAGCUAAAACCGGCAACGGAGAGAUUGUGAAAUAUAUCCUCGACCACGGACCUUCCGAGUUAUUGGAUAUGGCCGACAGUGAAACGGGUGAGACCGCACUGCAUAAGGCUGCCUGCCAACGGAACCGGGCGGUGUGCCAGCUCCUGGUGGACGCAGGCGCAUCUCUGAGAAAGACGGACUCCAAGGGUAAGACACCGCAAGACAGAGCACAGCAGGCUGGGGACCCUGAUUUGGCCGCUUACCUAGAAAGCCGUCAGAACUAUAAGGUCUUCGGCCAUGAGGACCUGGAAACUGCUGUGUGACCCUGGUAAACGGGCAAAGAGAACCUGAGCGAGCAUAUCACCUGUGCCCUCCCGGCGAUGGGGCAGCUCCCCUGGAAGAAGCUGAUGGAAUCCAUAAGUCUGUCUCUCUCCUGCAAGAACCUGAGACCAUGCCACCAGUUUUUAAGGGCUACCAAGAUGUACAACAAAACGUGAUAGCCCAUGGAGGACGAGGCAGGAUACCUGGGGAUUUGUGGAAUACGAGUUCCACAAAAUUUGAUCCUUAUUGCUUCCAGCAAGUAGCAUGAACUUCAGUGUUCACCUGUAUAAUUUAUUUUAAAGAUUCAAAGGAUGUUUGUAUCCACGGCACCGCUCCCUCCACCCCCUAUGCAGUCAUCUUCCCCUGAAUCGCACCAUUUUACUGUAACGACCCACCGAUUGACAAAAUGCGAUAUGACCUGUUCUUUUUACCUUCUAGUCUUUGAAGACCACAAGACUCUCUGAAGGUCUUUUCAAACCCUCUGGAUGUCCUGCAGAAAUAUAACUGUUAAACCGCUUCCAUUUCCAAGACUAAAUAUCCCAAGAUCACUUAGUGACUUUUUGCAUGUCUCCCCGCCCUCCCCAAUCCCUUUCCAUUCUGUAGGAGCUGGGAAGUGCCUCAUGGCCAAUGUCAACUUGUACGCUCUGUCUCUGAGGUAUGGUGAGGUGGCAUGGGAGUUGUCUGUUCUCAGAGGGACCUCAGAGAGGUCACAGUGGGGGCAGGUAACUUGCUGUUGCCAAUGUCCACGGAGGAUCCAUUCGGCUUGGGCUGUUUGCGAGCUCCGUACUGCCUAUGUGUAGCCAUCUUUGCCUUUUGCUGCAAUCGAGGUGAGCAAUGGAUGACGCAAAGGUCCGUUGCUAGUUUGCAGAACCGCUCUACUUUAAGUACUGUUGCAAUUGCAGAGCAGAAAACCAUGUGUGGGAACUGUGGUUACAGGAAAUGGAGUUCUAUGGCAGCGUUUACUUCUAGACUUUUUUGAGCGAUAAUGGAAAGCAGGCUAAUGGACUUGAAAUAAAACAGCAGAAGCAAAAGUAGCAACAUAUGUCAAAAUAACUCACUUAAGUGAGAAAACAGUCACUGGAACGCUGCACAGAGGCUAAUAAGGAUAGACUCUUGGGUACCGUAGUGAGAGGGGGUCCCAUUUUAGAUUUUCCUUCAAAGUUUUUGGCUUUCAUUAUCCCAAGUACACCUUGUCCCCAGGACAAAGCCUUGCUUUAUGAGUUCUGCUGCCAGAUUUCAGGAUGUAUGGCCCUUUCUGGUGAACGCCUCACCUAUUACUUGUCAGGUCCCAAGGUCAUACCUGAUAGCACUGCAGUCCCAUUUUCAUGUACGGAGUUGUUGAAUAUAUUCUUUUCUCUGGAAAGUUCUUAAUGCAAACCACUGUGGGAGCCCACUCUUUCUGGCAGCAGAAUUGCAACUUCUCAUCCUGCCACAGAUUAGUUGGUACUUACAAGUACCUCUCUUAGGGAUGCUGUGGUAACUAAAAUAUUAGGAGAAAAACUCUUCUAACUUUGGGCGAAAAUAUCUACUUGACUUGGGUAUAAGUCUAAAACAGAAGUGGGUGACCAUGGGUUUUGCUUCAGAUUAAACCGAUGUCUGCAGAGCUUUCUUCCAUUUGCCCUUAGACACUAACAAAGUGCUUCUUUAGUGUUUCUGCAUGUUAGCAUCCAUGAUCGUUUCUCUACAUUUAAUUUAAAGGUCCAGUGGGGACGCUUUGCUUAUCUGAAUCACAUUUUAGUCACAUAUCAUUUUGAAAGUGCAGAUAUGAUAUACUAUUAAGUAGGAAUAGCCUCUCAGCAGAUGAGGACUAAGUCUCUCCUUUGUUGUUGCAAAAUCAAAUGCUUGGCUUUAUUUUCCGCCGUUGGAGCAGGGGUUGGCUGUGAGUAAUCUAUUUCCAUAUAUCAGUCUUAGAAAUGGAACUAUCUUUUGGGUUUUAUGGUGAGGGAAGGAGGGACAGCAGCAGAUUGUUUCCAGAAGCUGGAAAAAAAUAUGCUCCAAGAGAAUUUAAUCACUGGGCUUCUGUAGGGAGUUUUUCAGUUGGUGGGACUGUCAAGGAAAUGUUGUGAUGACAGAAAUAUAAUCCUUAAAACAGACUGACUUCUGGCUUUGAACGGUGCCUUCCAUUCCCUAGAUUGAACUAAACACUUGGCCACGCAGACAGUUACCCAGCUGCCAUUGCUGGGAUGAAGGGUUUUAUUUUCACCAACUACCAUCUCAUAUUUCUCUGUGAUGUUUCAAAGGAGCCCAGAGAAAAUUUAGGGUACAGGUGGCUAUGGGCCAAUUCAAAUAGCUCCAGUUGAAGUCACAAGUAAAUCUCUGGAAUGAAAAUAGAUGACGUACUGAGUGCUGUCAGGGUCCUAGUAUAUUUGGAAAUCAUUCCAAACAAAUAAUAAUAAUAAUAAUAAAGUGUUAGAGUCCUGUGUUAUUGAUGGGGAAUGAUAGAUGACCAACAUGUAUAUCUCUUUGAAAAAGCAAACACCCCCCAGACUUGAGCUUUCCAAAAAAAGAACAUCAAAAAAGAAGCAGAACAGUUACAUAUUUAACGGCUUUAACAUUAAAUCUACCUCCUGUAGUAGCAUUUUAUGUUUUAAUUGAUCAUUGCCUGUGACAGUCCUAGGCUUUGGAAAGAGCUAAGACCAUAUGCUCCAGGAGUUUCCAGCUCAGCUAAGGUACAUAGUACUCCCCUUUUAAUGGGCCCUCAGGAAGUAGAGAAGCAAAUGGUCUGGCUGUGGUCUGAAAACCCACAUAACUUUAAUUUAAAAGACAUAAAACUGUAUGCCUAUAGAAAUAUCAUUUUCUGCAAAACUGACUGAGCCAGUGCUGCAGGACUGGCUGCCUCAGCCGACAUUCCUCUAUGUUUGGCUAGAAGAGGCCCCCACAUUGGGGCCCUGUCUGCUCUGGGAUUCCAUUUUUCAGUGAGGCCGAUGGAGAGGUGAGAAUGGAGAGGUUUUACAAGACACCGUGAUAGAACCUUAAAGGUCGUCAUUUUUGAAGCCUUAUAUUCCAGUCGUACACAUUUCAUGAAAGAGAGCCCAGUCAAGCUGUGCUGUAUCGCAUUCAAGGACGUGAUAAAGAAUAGAAGCCAAGAAGGAAAUAUACACCACCGCUGGGAAUUUCACUUUGAGAGUUCCGGUUACCUCUGUAGAGGUUACACCCGAAACCCAAUGCGAGUUCUCAAACACAGACUUAAACUGGCCAGUACACAGUCAUGACAUUAGUGACGACUAACGGGAAGCCUCACAUCCCCCAUCUCUCCCUGUCCCUUCAUGAGAGCUGGCCUUCGCGCUUAGGCAGAUCUGUUUGUAUCGAGGGUACUCACCAGGUCAUUCAUUUUCACGUGGACCGAGGGAAAGCUUCUUUGCCGAAGGGAUUUCUGAAAUGUAUUUACUCAACUCCUCAUAAGAUCCAUGUCUUUGAAAAUGUGGGGCAGCAGUCUUAUUUUGUUUCCAUGUCCAUUGUAUGUAAAGUAUUUAGAUUUUUUUUUUUUAAUGAUAAAAGUAGAACCUGGUCUUUAUAAAAAGGUUUGAUACCAUUGUUGCACAUCACCUACAAGGUCAAGGCAUUCCCCUGUGCUGGCCGAGGGUCCUCAGCCCCGCGUCCCCUCUGGACCAACAGUACCAGCCAUGAUACACAUGGCUGCUUGUAUGUUAUGUCAGAAGCACGCUGCAUGGGCAAGCCCCCCCCAACACAUAGAGAAAUGUAUUUAUUUAUAUACAUAUAUAUGUAUAGGUACUAUACACACACAUAUAGCAUAGGUUAAAAAGAAAACAUUUUAGAAGCAUGCAAAUCAUCUGUCUAUGUCUAGUGAACACCAACAGGCAAAAAGAAGGUAGCAUAAAAUGUCCCUUUCUUCAUUGUGGCUUCUCUUAUUACCAAGCUUAGUUCUGUGACUGCAGCACUCCAGUUGCUCGCGACAUUUGUUAUUGCCUGUGUCAUAAAAUCCACGACCAAGAGGUCUUGUAAUUGUUUAUGUUACCUUCCAUGAAGCAUGAAACCUACCUGAGCCCAGAGACUUGUCCAGGCUAUUUGGGGCUCUCAAGUGGAGAGUUUUCUUCCUCUGUGAUGCUUACACCACUUGACAAGGCUGAGUUUACAGGACCAACGCUCGGUAGGUUGCCUAAUGAUAUUUAAUUAAGGCGAGCUAUUGCUAGGACAGUGUAGUAACUUGGAUAUGGGCUGGGGUCCAUAUCCCAGCUUCCUUCCAGUAGGAGUAGCUAAUGAAAUCACUGAGAACAGCAUGAUAUUUUAUGCAGUUAUGCUAUUUAAAGGGAAAAUAGAUCAUUGUUAAAAGGGCUCAUCAUAACCAUCAAAUAAAACUAAUGGCUCUACUUAAAUGGAUUAUUUUCAUUUAAAAAAAUAAAAGAACAUCUAUUAAGUUAGAGAGUUUUCUAAUUAAUCUUAAGCAUUUAUUUAGUAUAAAAUAGAUUCUGCCCAGGUUUUAUAGAACCAUCUCUGAAUCCACAUUUUUAUUCUCUGAAUUCCAUAUUUAGCUGAUCAUAAGUCCUACAGUUUUUUUCUUUGCCAAGCCUCUCGGAUUGACUCUGGCCUAUCAUCCCUUCUUGUGUCCUACUUAUCACUCAUCUCUAGGCCCUCCAGUUGCAUGACAAUAAUCCUGCUCCUGGACUUUCUGCCUCUACUUUCAAUAAUUUUGUCAUGAGGAUGCCAAAAUAGUCCCCAGAUAUUAUGCAUAAAAUGGAUCAAAAUGGGAUAACCCUCUGGCACAAGUAUCCAUUUUGCCUGAAAGACAAGUAGAUGUCCACUGACCUUGAUCAUCCCACAGAGUUACGACACGCCUUAUUCUGAGAAGUAAUCAGCCAGAUAGGUUUAGCAAAUUUCUUCAUCACACCACGCAACUACACAAUCACGGCAGCUUCUUCCAUAUCAGAAAAUGUACAUGAUAUGGAUAGAAAUCCAUAUGUAUGACUGGAUUAUAUACAGGUUACACUCCUACGGCCAUCUGUGGAUUUUAGGCGAUCUCCCCACAGUUUAAUGAGAAACCUGAAAAUAGGAGCUAAGCAAGUACUCAUACCUCUAGACAGCCUGUUCUCCCAGGACACUGAGAGUUAACUGCACUGGUCCCCAAAAGAAGCAGAAAUCAAUAAUUCUUAGGCUGCUGAAACUUUACAUUUUAAACUAGAGAUUUGAAUAUUGCAUGAUAUCCUCCUGGUGGGCAGACUUCAGAGUCUGUUUAUAUAUGUAUUCAGUUAUUCAGUCAUUCUACAUGCAGUCAUAUUUGUGAACCCAUCAUCCACUCCUUUAUUUAAUCAUUUAUUUAGAAAAUAUAUUUAUCACUUUCUCUGAUGCAGGCACUAAAGACAUGAGAAUGAAUGGAGGAGACAAAACUCUUGACUUCAUGGCUGUCUAGGAGAAAAGACAAAUUCCGAUGUGGUGUGUUCUAUCAGGAGAACCUCCGGAAUACGAGGAAUAUGAUUGCACUGUGGGUUCAAUCAAGGUUUGAGUCUUUAGCCAGCAGUGUUUUAGUUCUAUGGAAUAUGAAAUGAAAAUAUGAAUAUGCAAGAGAAAUAAUGAUAUUUUGCAUUUCCUUUUCCUUGUAGUCUUGGGCCUGGUCUUAAAAAUGUGUUUGACACCAAGACUUUAAGAUGAGACUUUGAAACACUAAAAUAGGAGUUGAAACUCAUGUAUCCUAUAGUUCAAGGACCUAGCUAGAAACAAUAGCCAAAAUUUGCAGUGGUUUUUGACUAAAUAUAAAGAAGAUGAAGUAUAAAUAUUGUCAAACAGUGGAGUGGGCACCCUUACGGACUCUCAGCUACUGGGAGUAUUGAAACCGUGGACACGUGACCACCUUGAGAUGGUCGUAUUGUGACUAGGGACCUGUCAUCUGAGGAAACUGGAAUUAGAUUCUGUGAGUUGUUAGAUUUUUCUUUUAAAAUGAUUUUGUUGAAUGGCAGGAUUUCAUUUGAAAAAAUUAUGAAAAUCUUGACUUUUAAUCUUUGAAACAUCACUUUGUAAGUGAGAAGCUUUAAAAUCUCGGGGAGAAUGACCUUUCGUUAUCAUUUAAGACAUUUUCAAACCAACUAAGUGUGGCUUUAAAAGCUAGUAAAAAGAAAAUAUACUGAGAUACAACUUACUCCAAAAUACUUCUGGAACAUUAUGGAUUUUGAUGAAUAUUUGUAGGCAUUCUUAAGUAAAGUUCUAUUAGAAAUCUGUUUUACUGUCCUUUCAAUGUAAAAAAGUGCUGUAAUUUUGAUAUUUUUAGAAUUAAAUGUAAUCUAAUAUUACUGCAGAAGAAAAUUCUGCCUGAAAGAUAUUUGGGAGCCAAGUCAAUAUACAUAAAAGGUAAUCAUGGGAAAAGACUUGGCUUCUGCUCCUGGCAUGAGAAUUAUAAGGGAUAGCUUAUCCAUAGAAAUAAGAAAAUGAUGAAUCUGGAUUUUCCCCCAUUUUCCAAAGUUUCAUUAUUUUGAGCCAAAUGGCAUCUGAAAUGGGAGCCUUUGAUGGUGGGAACAACUGAAACUAUCUUGUUUCUCAAUCCUUAAGUGAAACACAUGUAAUUUUCAAUAGAAAAUAGCUUAAACAACUUAGAUCUAUACCGUUUAGUAUAACAAAUUCACUCAUUGUAAAAAUGUUAGUGCUUUAGCAUUUUGAAGCAUUUGGGGCUCUUUUGAGCUUCAUUAUGAACACAUGAGGUGCAUAAUGCAGACAAUAUGUUUUAGAUGAAUAAAUGGAAUGUCAGAGCAGUGAAUUCAGUUUGCACAGAUUUGUAUAGUAAAUGGUAAGACUUCAGCCAGAACUAAGAUCUUUAGAAAUUACAGAUUAACAUGCUUGCAAUAGAUGUUUUCUAAGUAAAUAACUCUCCACCAUUGCCUUCAGUGCUGUUUUACAUCAAUCAUUCAGAUUUCCAUAAAUUAGAAUGUGCCUCCAUGAAAAAUAUUUACCUAAGAUCCCACAGCACGAGUUGGUUAGAACUGAGGGAGAAUGUGAACUUACAAACUCAAGAGUGUUUGCUAUCAGAGACUUAUUGGCUUGGACAUAUUUCAAAGGGAAAAAAAGGUCACAUGUCUUGAAGCCAGGAUGGAUUUCACGAGAAGAACUUAACACUGAGGGUGAUUUACUGGCUUCUCCGCCUUGUGACUCUCAGCAUUUAGAAAUGUUAGCAUCGCAGGUCCUCUGAUAAUGUUUCGUUCAAUGUCAUUCCCUUAUGACGUUGAUGAGACACCAUAGGUAUUUAACUCUUGUUUAUAUCAGUUAGCCUAGGGUAAAACUGUUUUUGUUAUAUGUUGUUUCACUUAAAGUCUCAGAACCUAUCUACGACGUUAAGUGAGGCCUUACUGUACUAUUUUCUCUUCUUGGAAGUCACUAUUGGAAGGAUUUUUCAGAAUGUGGCACCAAAAAGCAUGGAAAUUCAAGACUCCAUUGCUCUAGGUCCUUGGGUGGGUUUGUCAACCUAAGCCUGUCAUACAUCAUCACAUACAGGGGCCUCAUAACCCGGGGGGAAGUUGUGCUGCGCUUGAAGUGGAAAGAACAGAUAGGCUGAGAUAUUCUCCAAUUCUGAAUCUCAUAAUUUACAAGGCAUCUCUGUGGGCAAAUUGGUGAAUAUGUAGAAGAGGGUCGUUUGAUCUGUAAAAAGUCACAAUUAGAUUAGGAAAAGGAAUGUGUGAAGGACACAGGUUAAAUAGCAGUGUUAGUUUCCAGUUCUGGAGGGCAGACGAUUCUCAGAAUAAAACGAGGACAGACGAGAUCAGGAACAGGCAUGAAAUCCUUACUUAUGUAAGGAUUUAUUUUUCCCCAGACAUUAUUAUAUCCAGAAAAAAAUGGAUUGGGUUUUCUAAAACACAAAGUGAAUUUAUCGCAGCUAGUGUUUCUGCUAGUAUUUAAGUGAAAAUUGAGCAAGCAAAGCAGGGUUCAUGUCAAAGCAAUUUGUUAAUUGUGAGGGAGCUUGGACGAAAAGACUUCUGUGCUAUUUUCCAGGUUUAGAUUUCUAUGACUUUAGACUGGACGGGAACUCAAUUAGAGCCCUUUUUUCCCCCAAGUUCCUGGCAUAUAGAUGGCAAUGAAAGUGUUUUUGUAAAAACACCAGUCAUUGUAAAUAUAUCCCAGAUCAUUUAGAAGCAGGUACUUCAUAACCCUCGAUUUGCUUUGCUUACACACACACACACACACACACACACACACACACACACACUUUGCCCAUUGCUAGCCAAUUCCCAAAUCUCCUGAAUAAGAUAUGUUUCUACUAAGGCAGACCAGUCACAAGUUCAGGAAUGAAAGUGACACACAAAGGAUCUAGUCUUCAUUUUCCUUUUCUUUCUACCCAUUUGUUGUUUGGGGUAUGUAGUUGGGACUGAGACUUGGAGAAGAAGCAGAAGAUCUCUAUGUUAUCUGUUAAGAAGCAGUCAUGGAGGCAACUUAUUUGUCAUUUUGUAUAACUUACUGUCAUUAAAUAGGACUUAACCUCAUAUCACCAGACUAGUGUGUCUAAUGUUUAAAACUAAUGUUUCUGUUUUUAAUGGCCCUUCUUUCCUUACUUCUAGAAUAAUAAGGCCUGAGUCUUACAUUUCAAGUGGGCUGGCUAGAUGGAGGAGGCGGGGGUCUCUCCUGAGAUGGUCUUUCAGAAGUGGGCCCAUACCUGGAGUCUAGCUCAGGGAACUGCUCCGACUCCCCCUCCCCCCAUUCCUUUCCCCUGGCUUGGGGAGGUAAAGGAAGAGAAGAAUUCUGGGGAAAGGAAAAGAGAGUCUCAAGAGUAGUGCAACAAUACGGCCCUAGUCUGAACGCACAUUGCCAUGGCAACCCAUAAAUAAAUAAUAUAUACUCUCAGCCAACUUGGAUCCUCAUGGAAAGCAAAUCCAGAAGAUACAGGAAAAGACUGAACUUUGAGUGGCUUCAGUGGUUAUCAUUAUGAAAUUUUCAAUAUAUGCAGCUCAGGAGAAUUAGAUUAGGUGAGGAAUUUAGGGGAAGUUGGGGCUCUGCUAAUAGAAUGUUCUGUUAGAGCUUUCUGAAGGAGUGGGUUGUUGUGUGAAAGAGUUUCUCCCAAUCUUCAUAGGGAGUUAGACCCACCCAGACACCCAGGUCACUCUAGAAUAAAAUUUGAGAAAAAUAAGGACAAUUUAGGGAGUUUUUCACAAAUCCAAAUAUAUUCAAUCUUAGCAAAUUCAGAGACUAUGACUCUUAUUUUGGGCUUUACAUAUAACUUUUCUUCUCUAAAAGGAUAGAGAUAGGCGAUGUUUACAAAUUGUCUUUACUCGGAAAAAUGAACAGAUGACAGGCCUGAAUUGGUUUACCCUAUUUUUUGUUUUAAAUGUAUGGGUAAUUCUCUCAAAUACGUUGGAGGAGAUAGAUCACGUUUAAGAUGCCGUCCAGCUUUGAUAUUUACUGUACCUUUAAUAAUGAAUACAAAUGUCUCCUGACCUUUUGGGUUUUAUUAACAAUGAAAGUUUUCAUUUGCUGCUUCCCCUCCCCCACUUGUUGAAUGGAAACUCCGAUCACAGGAAUAGUUUCCAGUGCAACUAAAACCUAGAGUGAUGCUUGCGAGCAUCCUGGUUUUAGAAUGGGAAACGUGGGGUCCUUGCCGCCCUGGGGAAGGAGAUUUGGAACUUUAAUAGACAAAAUAGUCUAGCACAAAUAGAAUAUUUUGCAAAACACAUCUUUGAAAAGUUAGGGUCUGAAUUAGUCUUAGUAAAGGUUAGCUCCGCUGUUUUUUAUUUAAAUUACCAAUGGUUAAGUGGGCAAGCGUGAACCUGAGUAUUAUAUAUAUGGACCAUAGCUGACUAAAAGUGAAGAGAAGCAUUCCUGUAAAUAAUUAAGGAACAGAGAACAAUCUCAGUUCCGUAAGAAUGUAUUUUAUUUAAUUUGAUUUCUGAGUGGGAAAAGGCUCCUGGGCAUGUAGAGUACCCUUGGCUGUGGGUAGUCUACUCCCAAAGGCUACUUCCAUAUGAAGGGUUGCAGUCGCAUUAUAAAGGGCUCUUUCAUCAUUUCUGAUUCUGCCCUAUCACAUCCCAGAGCCAUGCUUUUGCAAAGCUGCCAGCUGGCAGGUGGAAUCCAAAAAAAAGUAGCAGCUGUGGCAGUAGUAUGAUGAAGCUUUAUUUCCAGGUAAAGUGGGA